CACCUCCUCCGAUAUCAGUGUGAGGUGAGGAUGCACGGCGCAUAGAGGCUGCUGCUGCUGCUCAGUGAGGAGAGAGAGGAUACCGCUGAAGAAGAAGCAGAAGCAGAAGCAGAAGAAGAAGGAGGAGGAGGAGGAGGAGGAGGAGAAGGAGCGGAAAAGUCCAAGACGCAGAGCGCUUGUGCACACACACGCACCCCGGGUCUGCCUCUGCAAAGUGCUGUUUCACCCCUGUUUCGUCGUUUCUGCACCCUGUGGGAGCUCCUUCUUCUUCUUCUUCUUCCUUUUUUUUUUUUUUUUUUUUUUGGAGAGCACCUGCACGGAGGCGCUAAGGUUGUUGUUUUUUUGUUGUUUUUUUUUUAAAUUCCCUUCACAUUCCUGAGGAUUGCAGCUUCCCGAGACGCAGCUCGUUUUGUCGAGGGGGAAAAAAAAAACAAAGAAAGGUCCAGGAUGUUGCUCGCUCCGUGUGCAGCUGGGCGACAGGUCCUCUUCGCUCUGAUGCUGCUGCUCUAUUUAGGCUUGGGUGCAGCCUCCUCCAUCGUGAACAUGCGUAGGAUCACCCAUCCUACGGUACAGCAAGCGCUGGCAGGCAAAGCCGUCCUCCCGUGCGUCUUCACCCUCCAGACCAGCUCCUCCGGCGAGCCUCCUCACCUCCUGUGGACUCGUAUCAGGCCCGGUCAGGGCGCUCCUCAGGAGGAGACCGUGCUUUCUGCUAAAGGUGAUGUAAUCAAGGUGAAUAAGGCUUUCAGCGGCCGCGUCAUGCUGCCAGGAUACGCUGCCAACCCUCUGAAUGCUACCAUGGAGAUCUCCAGUCUCCGCACCAACGACUCAGGCUCUUACCACUGUCAGGUUGUCUGGGGUAACGACUAUGAGAGAGACACUGUGCCCCUGGUGGUCUCCGGUGUGGUGUUUCACUAUCAGACUCCCAGCGCCCGCUACGCGCUCUCAUUUACCGACGCCCAGCGGGCCUGCCAGGAAAACUCGGCUCAGAUGGCGACACCGGCCCAGCUGUGGGCUGCGUACUAUGACGGCUUUGCCAGCUGUGCAGCCGGCUGGUUGGAUGAUCAGACUGUCCGCUACUCCGUCCAGUUGCCAGAGCUUGGUUGCUAUGGACACAAGGAGUACUCCGCCGGAGUGAGGAAUUAUGGGAAGAGGGACCCGAAAGAGCUGUUUGAUGUGUACUGUUUUGCAAAAGAGCUGGAUGGUGAGGUGUUUCACUCCUCCGUCCCAGGCAGACUGUCUCUGUCCUCAGCCUCAGACCGCUGCGUGUCCCUCGGGGGGCAGCUGGCCACAGUGGGGCAGAUGUAUCUGGCCUGGAAGGCCGGCCUGGACAGCUGCGCCCCGGGCUGGUUGUCUGAUGGCAGCGUCCGCUACCCGGUGGCGUGGGCUCGCCCUGAAUGCGGAGGGAGCCUGCUGGGCGUCCGCACCGUCGCACCUAACACUACUGCUGACAACGGCACAGCGCUGUACGAUGCUUACUGCUACAGAGGUAAAGUGAAGAGUUCGGGCUCCAUCGCUGAUAUCUACACCUCCCUGUGGAAGCCCUGGAGCUACCUCACAGCCUCAAGUGACGAUGAGUCCGCAGGGACAGACAGUACCGGCGGGACUACACUGCAAACCACCACUGCAAAAGGGUCGUCAGAUGGCAGCGAUCUCUCACCUUCGAACUGGACGGGAUUGGUCGACCUGGAAGAGGAGGUCUCCCUUCACAGCACUGACGCUUCCUCAGACCCCUGGUCCUCAGAGUCCUCAAAGUCAUUCGUGACCCUCCAGAUCAUCCCAGGACAGACCCUCUUAGACUGGGGCGAGCCACUGGAGCACGGACCCGACUCAGAGGAGUUCCUCAGACCGCCAGUCCAACCCACUGCUGCUGAGAAGAAGGUGAUCUCAAAGAUCGUCAAGUCCAUUUGGAAGCCUUGGAACUACCUGGCGGGGAGCGAAGACGAGGAAGGAACCCAGUCGCCAAGUGGACCAGCAGCGGAAGAGGUGACGGCCAUGAAGAAGACAGACGAGGGAGCGAAUUCAUCCCGGACAUCAUCACCACGUUUGUUUUCUUGGGGAAGUUCAUGGUUCAACGGUCCCACGAGGGAAAACUCCGCGCCAGCAAGUGAAGAAUCACCCACUCGUCUGGCAUCCACUCUGGCCGCCUCCAGUAGCUCAAUGACUACAGAGAGCACCAAGAGCUCGGAGAAUUCAGAGGCGCACACGUCCACCGCCUCCAGCCCUGCACCUGAAAUCACCUCAUCCAGCGGGGACGCCUGGGUCCGCGUCGAAUCGGAGACGACAACCCAGUCGGCCGACAAGAGGGAGGAGACGGUGACCUCUAGAGCUGGUAGAGGCAGAGGAAGAGGGAAGAAGAACCGUGGGGAGGACAGGAGCAGGGGGGAGGAGAAGGAUAAAGGGAAAGGAGAAGACGAGGGCAGCGGGGAAAUCACCGGCGCCGAAGCAAAAGGGGAGAUCCAAGUUUCUCGUCGACCAGUCGGAACGAGCAAACCAAGAGAGAGAUCCAGAGAGAGAUCUAGAGAGAGGGGGCACCGGAAGGGACAGACCACCACGACCACAGCCACCACAACUACCGCCACUGCUCUGGAGAUCACGGUGGUGACCACAACUGGUUCAGAAAGCACAGAUUUAUCUACACCCGAGUCCCCGUCGACUUCACCAGCGCAAACCCCAUCAGCAUCAGUUUCACCAGAUCUAUACCAGUCCCCCUCCUCAUCUCCAUCACCAUCGCCAGCUGCCACUGCGUCCCCGUCCCCUUCCCCAUCUCCCUCUCCAUCCCCUUCCCAACCAUCCCCAUCUCAAUCCCUGCUCGAAUCCGAAUCGCCCUCCCCAGCCCCUUCUUCAUCCCCAUCUCCCUCCCCUUCCUCACCUCCAUCCUACUCCCAAACCUCAACCAACUCACCUUCACCAUCGUCAAUCCCUUCCGAUUCCCCAUCUCAAACGGUUGGAUCAGGAGGACCGGCCCCGUCUCCUCGCUCAGACAACUCCUCCAACCCCCCGACAUCACUUAACUGGGUCCCGGUGGAGAAAGCGGUCCUGAACGGCUCUCGGGAUUAUCCUCCAAUACAGAUAGGACCCCCAGAUGAUGAGGAGCCCGCUUGGUCUCACGCCGUGGGCUCGGGGGCCCUGUUACCUGGCAACAUGGAGGAGGAGAGCAAAGGAGGAGGGGUCAACAUCACUACCAUCACUCUCAGCCCAGCAGUGGAGGUGGAGCCCUGCGUGACAAACCCGUGUCUGCACGGAGGAAAGUGCCUUCCUCAGGGAACGGGCUACAGCUGCUACUGCCCACAAGGAUACGCUGGGGAGAACUGUGAGAUUGACGUAGAUGACUGCCAGUCAGAGCCAUGUGAAAAUGGAGGCACUUGCAUCGACAAGAUUGAUUCCUUCCUCUGUCUUUGCCUGCCGAGCUAUGGAGGAGACACAUGCGAGAAAGACAUCGAAGGCUGCGAGCACGGUUGGAGGAAGUUCCACGGCCACUGUUACAGGUACUUCACCCACAGACACACCUGGGAGGAUGCAGAAAAAGACUGCAGAGAGCACAGCGCCCACCUCAGUAGUGUCAUCUCCGUCACAGAGCAGGAGUUUAUCAACGGUCUUGGUCAUGACAACGCCUGGAUCGGACUGAAUGACCGCACCGUGGAGGAGGACUUUCAGUGGACGGACAGCAACGAUCUGGUGUAUGAGAACUGGAGGGAGAGCCAGCCGGACAACUUCUUCGCAGGAGGCGAGGACUGCGUGGUGACCAUUGCCCAUGAGGAUGGCAAGUGGAACGACGUGCCCUGCAACUACAACCUGCCCUACAUCUGCAAGAAAGGCACAGUGUUGUGUGGGACCCCGCCUGCCGUGGAGAACGCCCAUUUGAUAGGUCGUCGGAGGUCGCACUAUGACAUCCACGCAGUCGUACGCUACCAGUGCGCCGAAGGCUUCUUCCAGCGCCACAUCCCCACCGCCCGCUGCCGGGCCGACGGGAGCUGGGAGAGACCGAAGAUCAUCUGCACAAAGUCCCGGAGAUCUCACCGGUACCGACGCCACCACCACAAUCAGCACCACGAGCGCCGCGGCCACAGGAGACACGGAGGCGAGGGACACCAUGCCAGAGAGGACGCACACAGCUUCUACUGAACCAAAUAAUACAAACAUCUGCAACGCCUAGGUGCUAACCAUGGCCCAUAAAGACAGACGGUAGUUCACAUCACCCUCGUCUCCUCCUCCCCUCCCCUCCCUCCCUCCCUCCUCUGCUUCUAGCCAUGCUCCGUUUAGCUUUACUCCUCCUGACAAAUAAAGUUUUCUUACUCCUAACAUAUCUACACAUCUCCCGUCCCCCCCCGAGUGAGUUCGGGUGUUUUUUGACGCUUCUCUUCGUUCUCACCCCGCUUCCUUUAACCGAGGUCCAUGCGAACACUAACUGUAAACACUAACUGUUGUUAACAUCCCGUCCUCCUAACACCUCAGUGCGGUAAAAUCCUCCUCCUCAUCUUCGACGAACUAAAAAAAAAAAACAAAAAGAAAAGAGAAACCCUCUCUCGGCCUGUCAGACUGAUCGCAGUGUGUGAGCGCGUGUGUGUGAGCGUGUGCAUGUCAGAGAGAAAACUUAGAAAAAGUGCUGAGUCACUUCUGUUUUUUGUAAAGGUUUUGCUCAUCCUACAUGGAAAAAUGACUCUCACCCUAGUAUUCUGUUUACAAAGCACAGACGUAAUUGAUGCAAGAUAGCAUUCAGUCCCUGUAACCCCGAAGCUUUUUGUAUGUUGUACUUGUAGUGUUACUUUUUUUUUUGUUCCCUAGAAGCUCCUGAUAGCUGGUCUGUUUUAUUCUACUGACAUGCUUUUUUCUAAUAUUUGCUAUGUUUUGGUGUUACGUUACUAUUUAUUAUGAAUCAUUCGCUAGUGGAUAUGCUUUACUUUUUCUAACUUAUACUUAAGCGAGCCGAUGUAACAUCUUUCUUUUUUUUUUUCUAUAACAGUAUAGAAGUCCAACUCAACAAUGAGACUAAAUUAAUCAUCUGAUUGCCUCUAAUCUCUGUAUUGUAAAUAUCGUUGGUGUUUGUUAUUGGCUGAUCCUCGAUCAAUAGCUGGACCUCGUCCAAUCAAAUAGAUCCCCGCCCCCCUCCGAUCCCCAUAACCACUCUCAGCUAAUGAACAUGUCCUGUUGACAUAGAUAGUGUGGAUGGGAUUAAACAAUACUUUUUUCUCAAGAUAACCACUUUGAUUGUAUCUGGAUUGCUGAAUACUUUGGAUCCUUGCACGGCUUAUAUUUACAUGAUGCUUAGAAUGUCAUGAUUUUUUGUCCUUUGGUCCCUUUGAUAUUUGAUCAGUCAUCCACUUUUUUGGUGUUCUUAUGACUUUUUGUCCUGCUGUUGUAUUCCAUUCUUAAUAAAGUGAGAAAAUCAACAACAA